UACAAAGUGCACGACUCCGCAGCAGAGUGUUUGAUCAAUCGGAGAGACUGAGAGAUCAAACAGUCGAAAAAAAAACCGAACCGUACGGCGGCGGUGUGUGUGUGCAUCACGUAAACCGAGGACGCGCGCGCCGACCGACCGCCGACCGGUGGUGACUAUAUAGUGCAAAGAGCGCGCGCGCGCGCGUGUGUGUGUCGUCUGUGUGUGAUAGCGUGCGCGCGGGCGCGUGUGUGUAUCGUGUGCGUGCGUGUUUGCCGUGUGCGUUCAUCGUGUACGUUCCGCAAACUUUUGAAUAAUUCACGUCGCCCGCACACCGUAGGCGGUACCCACUUUACCUUCUAUCGACUUUUCCCGCCCAAAAUACCCAUCCGACUUGAUAUUUUUCCACACACUAUUGGCCAUUAUUGUGUAUUCACCGUCGUCGACACAGAGGACCGACCCGUGUCUGUGUCGCGAGGGCUGCUCAGAACGACCACUGCCGACCACCCGCCCGCCCGCACGUCGCGAACACCGCUUUUCGGAAGACGCACUCGACCGCGAUCCGACGUGUUUCGGCAGCUCCGAACGUCAGAUCCGUGUUUCACCGACGCGAGAUCCUCUCCAUGUCGCUCUGCUCCCGCCGACGACAACGUCACCACAACCACUGAUCUCAGCCGAGCCCAGGUGAACGAACGACAGCGGUGUGCUGAACAUGUCUGUGGCCGUUUUGACUGCCAUCGCGGUUUUCAUCAUCGUCGUGUUUCGCAUGCUCAACGUGUCCAGCCAACCUCAGAAGCCGUCCUUCUUUUGCAGGGACAAACAGUUCCUCAACAGAGUGCUCAAAUUCGCACCCCAACUCGAAGAGCCAUAUGUACCAACUAGAUUGUGGGGAUUCAGUGGUCAUGUUCAAACUAUUUUGUACAGUGUUUUUGGUAGAGUGAGGUGCCCAUGCCCCAAAGGAGACAGAAAAUUCUUAAAUCUUGAUGAUGGAACUACUUUAACAUAUGAUCUGUUUAAGCCAACUUUUAAUGAACCAGAGUUAGAGGGCAUAACUGUAGUUAUAGUUCCUGGAAUUUGUAACUCUUCGGAGAGUGAUUAUAUUCGAACAUUUGUUAAUUAUACUCAAAAUCAAGGCUAUAGAUGUGCAGUUCUUAAUCAUGUUGGAGCUUUGCAUAAUGUUCCUGUUACCGCUUCUAGAAUAUUCACAUAUGGUCACACAGAUGAUCUUCAUGUAAUGCUUUGUAAUUUAUCAGAACAUUAUCCUAAUACUAAAAUUAUAGUUAUUGGAUAUAGUAUGGGUGGUAACCUGGUUACUAAAUACCUUGGAGAAUCUCGUCAUAAUAGGCCAAGUAGUGUUAUUGCUGGAGUAUCUAUAUGUCAACCAUAUGAUGCAUUGAAGGCAACUGGUGUUUUAUUGCAUUGGCAAAACUUCCGAAGACUUUAUUUGUAUGCAUUAACAGAAGCAAUAAAAGCUUUAAUUUUGAAACAUAGAAGUAAACUAUUGGCAGACGAUAUUAAAGAACAAUAUUCAUUAAUUGAAAAAGAUAUAAUAUCUGCUGCUACAUUACCUGAACUUGAUGAUGCUUAUACCAGAAAAGUCAAUAAUUUUAAAAACCUUCAUGAGUUUUACCGAUGGUCAAGUUGCUUGCAUUACAUAAACAAUUUAAAAACACCAAUGAUAUUUAUUAACUCAAGAGAUGAUCCAUUGGUGCCAGAAGAUUUAUUGAUACCUAUUCAAAAUUUUGCAAAAUCAAAAGAUAAUAUAUUAUAUAUGGAACUGAUGCAUGGAGGUCACCUUGGAUUCUUUGAAGGCGGAUUCAUGUAUCCUAACCCUAUAGCAUGGUUGGAUCGGACUUUAGUUUCAUUAUUGCCAGCUCUCAAAGAACAUUGUAUUGAUGACAUGAAAAAAACAGCAGUGUACUGAAUUUAUCCACUUUUAUUUACUAAAUACAAGUGUAUGUGUGUGUGUGUCCGUGUGUAUGUAUGUAUGUAUGUAUGUAUGUAUGUAUGUAUGUAUGUAUGUUUGUAUGUAUGUAUGUAUGUAUGUAUGUAUAUGCUGUAAAUUGGAUUUUUAUCAUAAUUUAUUACACUACUAUUGAUAUAAUAUCUGAUCUGUUAUAGAAUAGAUUAGAUAGUAAGUUGUUUCAAAGUAUUAUGUUUUCAAGCAUAAAUUUUCAAAUAGAACUACUUAAAAUAAGCCAAAGUAGUGCUAUAAACCCUAAUAUUUAUUUAGCUUGUUUUUUAAGCAUACCUAUUUAUUUUUAUUAAUUAUAUAAAAACAUUGUUGUGAGUUUUAACUUAUAUUUCACGCUAAU